AUGUCGGCUCAGCCACCCUCUGGAGGGUACUCUCUCUUCCCGAACCCCAACACCAAGCCCCCAACGGUACGGAGACCGGCAUCUCGGACUCGAACAUCAGAGUCUCGCGAACGCUCGCGGACUCGGGCUGUGUCUCCGGAAACCAUCGACUCGGUAUCCCCACCCCGCCAUGGAAGACAGACACCGCAGCAAAGGAUGCAGUCGCCGGUUGAGCGAUCGCAAACACCGCAAGAAAUCCGUCGACCCCAGCCCAGUGAGCAGCACAACUCACCAAUCAAUCGCGAGUUGCCGCCACUGCCUUCAGAGGCAGUUUCGCCUGUCCAAAGGCCUGCUCCCACUGCUGAAGUGCCACCUCGGUCAGACACUGCCUUCUCUCAGGCGCAGACACUAGCACGGAGCAACAGCCAUCGCUCUCGCAGCUCCAUAGCAAAGCUUCCUCUGCCUGGAGAGCCGUCAUCGUCACAAGAGCCUGCUGCUCUUCGGUCCAUCUUUCCCCAGUAUAACCCCGAAGUGCCGCUCAAUCAACAGGAGUACUUCCCGACUCAGACCAGUCCAACUCAUAUUCCCAGGGCUGUCAUUAAUCGUACAACGUGGUAUCCAGAACGAGAAGAGGAUGGGCAAGAGGCUCAGCACAGAAGCCCGGUGAGAAGUCCAAUGAGUGGCGGUUCAGCACCAAGAUGGCCUAGAAGGAGGAUCGAACCUCCCAUCAUUCCCAACGUUUCGACAAAUGAGCAAAUGAAGAACAUGUGGAAGGUCACCAACGGCUGGAAAGCCUCCCCUUCUGAAGGCAGAGUGUACUGCAUGAAGCUAUCCCAGGAAAAGGAUGCUCCGGUCUACACCUUGUCCUCGACAUCUCAACCAUUCUACAACCUCAGGCUCGAUCCCACAUCUGCAUCCGCAUACGUUACUCUCAGCCGGCACGACCCUAACAAGGUCUACAAGGCCCCGAGCCCAACGGCAGGCUCUUCGGCUAGUAGCAUCCUCAGCGGCGUCGUCGGCAACAAGGACAACGGCAAAGGCACUGAGAGUAAACACUGGCAAGAGGUCCUCACCACCACUCUCGAAGAAGAAUCCCGCAAGCAUCCUCCAAAUGACGGCCUGGUUGCCCUUCUCUAUCCCCAAGCAGCGGCCAAGAUGGCCCUGGACAGGCCAGACGACAUGACCGCCAUCGUCACCGCAGAAACGGAGUGCGCACGGCUCGUCUGGGACGACGACUCCAGCUCGCACUUCGUCGUCCACCCAGCGUUGGCCACGCCCUUCUGCGUCACCAUUGAGCGCUCACCCGCCUGGAGCCGGGUCGAGUACACCUUGGAGCACCACGAGUCGCCUCAGCACCUCGCCAAGCUGACCCGUGAUGGCACGGGCGCCGGCUUCCUCGAGGUUGACACAGCCAUCGCCUCCAAGAUUGAGAGCUUCUUCAUCGUCGAUGUCGCCGUCACGGCGCUGCUGCUAGUUGCGGCGAGCGACGAGAAAAACUCAAAGGUUGAGACUUUCGAGCCUCCUCCCGCACCGCGCGAGCCUGCUGGCGGCGAACGCCGGCUUAGCAAGCGGGAGGAGAAGAAGCGUGCGGCCGCCGCGCGCAGGGGCAAGAUGGAGGAGUUUGAGAUCGACGUCGAGAGCCAGGACAGCAGCCUUGGCAGCUUCGCGAAGCUGGAACAAGUCGGAAAGGAGACGCGCGACAGGAUGCCGUGGCCGUUGAGGGCGCUGUUCAAAGUCUUGUCCGCUCUUUUCAAGUGCUUCGUGUGGUUCCUGACGAUUGGCUUCAAGGCGAUUGCUGCCAUUGUCAAGGGGCUGGCGAGGUGUGUUGGCGUGAAGUCGAAAUGA